CAGCACGUGUAAGAGUUCGCGGCCGGUCUCCGCAGUCACUCACCUGAGCGCCUCGGACUGAGCGCGCACCGCCCGCGCGUCCUCCGCCCGCCAGCCAGCCCGCCAGCCCGCCCGCCAGCCCGCCAGCCCGCCAGCCCGCCCGGCCCUCGACCCAUGUCCCGCCGCAAGGCCGGCUGCACGCCCCGCCGAGUAGACCCCGCGCCCGCCUCCAACACAGACGACGAGAUGGAGAUGCCGGACCUCGUCAUCGAAGUGAAGCCCGAGCCAGACGCGCGGCCCCUACAGGCCCCGGGGCUUGGGCCCUUCUCCCCGAAGGAAGUGCCCGCGUCUGGGCGGUUCGACGGCGAACCCCGCCACUCCCCCGGCCCCGCGCCCGCCGGGAGCCCUCUCCACUCCCUGGGCGCGCGGAACCAGUGGGCGCUGUGGACGCCACUGAGCCUCAGCCCUCGCGACCGCCAGCCCUGGACCGACAAACACCCGGAUCUGUUGACCUGCGGCCGUUGCCUGCAGACCUUUCCGUUGGAGGCCAUCACUGCUUUCAUGGACCACAAGAAGGUGGACUGUCAGCUUUUCAAAGGGCCCAGCCCCUGCCAGGGCUCAGAGCACAAGGACCCCAAGACCUUGAGCUGCUUCCGUUGUGGGAGACAGUUCACAGGGGCCUGGAAGCUGCUGCGCCACGCCCAGUGGGACCACGGACUGUCCAUCUACCAGACAGAACCCGAGGCCCCCGAGGCCCCGCUGCUGGGCCUGGCGGAGGUGGCCGCCGCCGUGUCAGCGGUCGUGGGGCCCCACACAGAGGCCCAGAGCCCGCGGGGGAGCGUUCUCCCCCGGCGGAGCCCCACCUGUCCUGUGUGCGCCAAGACCCUCAGCUCCUUCAGUAAUCUCAAGGUGCACAUGCGUUCGCAUACUGGAGAGCGGCCAUACGCCUGUGACCAGUGUCCCUACACCUGCACCCAGAGCAGCAAGCUCAACCGCCACAAGAAGACACACCGGCAGCCGCUGCCCCAGAGCCCCUGCAGGGCCGCUGCUGGCGGGGAGCAGGCCUCCGCCGCUGCCCCUCCGGAGCCAGCUGCGCACGCUGCUGCCCCGGCCAGCACCCUCCCGUGCAGCAGCGGGGAAGGCGCUGGGGCUGCGGCCACUGCAGGCGUCCAGGAGCCCGGGGCCCCUGGCGGCGGGGCCAGCUGGGGGCCUGCCCCCAAGGAACAGAGAACCGAGCCUGCCAAGAGCCAGCUGUCCCCCAAGAAGAUGCCCAAGCCACUGGGCAAGAGCCGAGGGCCCGGGGGCAGCUGCGAGUUCUGCGGGAAGCACUUCAGCAACAGCAGCAACCUGACGGUGCACCGGCGCUCACACACCGGUGAGCGGCCCUACGCCUGUGAGCUCUGCUCCUACGCCUGUGCGCAGAGCAGCAAGCUGAACCGCCACCGCCGCAUGCACGGCCCCGGGCCUGGCAGCACCUGCUUCGAGUGUCCCCACUGCUGCGUGCCCUUUGGCCUGCGCGCCACCCUGGACAAACACCUGCGCCAGAAGCACCCUGGGGCGGGCGGAGAGGCCUGAGCUGUCAGAGCGCCCUCCAUGCUGCUCCCGGGACCACCGGGACCACUGCUGGGCACCCUUCCCUGGCCUUCCUCUGCUGCAAGUAAAUUCUCCUGCCUGGUUA